GCCAGGGGGCAAACGGAACGGCGGUGGUUCCGUGAUUUCCGUGGCGCCGCCGCGUCGUACGUGGACACUCCAUCGCACACGCCUCCUCCCCCGUCCCGUCCCGUUUCCUCCCGAUUCCCUCCGCCUGCCUUCCUUCUUUAAAGAAGAAGAGCGCCGCCGCCUCCUCCUUCCUCGGCUCCCACCGGCUCCGAUCGCCCGCCGCCUCCGCUUCCGCCAAAUUCUGUAUCCUUCCUCGGCCAGCGCUACGGAUAGGGCCACGAGGGCAGCUGGAGUCCUCAACUCUCCCUUGAUUUCUCGGGCGGCAGUUGCCAGCCUAUCCAUCCAUACGUGUCGGGACGCUGGCGGCAGGCCGCCUUCUUGGCGUCUAGCCACCUCCUCCCGAGCCUCCGUCUGGCCGGCGGUCGCCGCCGCCGAUAGUCCGCGGCGUCCGUUCUGCCGUUCCUCUGUUUCGGGCCGGCAUGGAGGCGGCGGCGGCGAGGCAGAGGGCGCGGCCGCGCACGCCGCCGGCGGAGGAGUACGACCCGUGGACGGCCUGGCUCUACAAGCCGCGCACCAUCUCCGUGCUGCUCGUCGGCGCAUGCCUCCUCAUCUGGGCGAGUGGAGCUCUGGACCCGGAGGGCGCUGCCUCCCACAGCAGCUCGACAUCUAUCAAGAGGGGUGUCUGGGCUAUGAUUGCGGUGUUCCUUGCCUAUUGCACACUCCAGGCACCAUCAACGAUACUUAUUCGGCCCCAUCCUGCUUUCUGGCGCCUGGUGCAUGGGCUGGCGGUUGUUUACCUUGUUGCUCUCACGUUUCUUCUUUUCCAGAAUCGUGAUGAUGCUCGCCGGUUCAUGAAACACCUUUCUCCUGAUCUUGGAGUUGAGUUACCGGAGAGAUCCUAUGGAGCCGAUUGCCGUCUGUAUGUUCCAGAAAACCCUAAAAACAAGUUCAUAAAUAUUUAUGAGACAUUGUUUGAUGAAUUUGUGGUCGCCCAUGUUUUGGGCUGGUGGGGCAAGGCUGUAAUGAUACGGAAUCAAGCUCUCCUUUGGGUCUUGUCGAUUGGCUUUGAGCUAAUGGAGCUUACGUUCCGACAUAUGUUGCCAAACUUUAAUGAGUGCUGGUGGGAUAGUAUUAUCUUGGACAUCUUGAUCUGCAAUUGGUUUGGUAUUUGGGCGGGAAUGCACACGGUCCGAUACUUCGAUGGUAAAACAUAUGAAUGGGUUGGACUGAGCCGACAGCCCAGCAUCAUGGGUAAGGUGAAAAGAUCGUUGAGCCAGUUCACUCCUGCACAGUGGGACAAGGAUCAAUGGCAGCCCUUCAUGGGGCCGUUGCGGUUCAUCCAAGUGUUGUUCCUCUGCGUCGUUUUCAUGAUGGUGGAGCUCAACACAUUUUUCCUUAAAUUCUGUCUCUGGAUCCCUCCAAGGAAUCCCUUGGUUGUGUACAGAUUGAUCCUGUGGUGGCUGAUUGCGAUCCCGACCAUCCGCGAGUACAACUCCUACCUGCAGGACAGCAAACCGGUGAAGAAGGUCGGGGCUUUCUGUUGGCUCUCUGUAGCCAUAUGCAUAGUGGAGCUUCUUAUCUGCAUGAAGUUUGGGCAUGGUCUUUUUCAUGAUCCGAUGCCUACCUGGCUGAUCAUCUUUUGGAGGUCGGCGGGGAUAGCGUUCGUGGUCUUCUUGCUCGCGUGGUCGUGGAGUAACCACCAGAAAUUCCAGAGAAAGAAUCUCUGAUAGUUUGGUGUGAAGAAUGAUUUCUACUGGAAUCACUUCAUAGUUGCUUUUUUUUAUACAUAGGCUGUACAUAUAUGAUGUAACUUAAAAACCUCAGGGGAGCAAAUUCCAUGUUGCUCCUGACAGUGACGCGAACCUGGUCUGUCACAGCAGCCCAUUGUUGCCAGCAUCAUAAGAUUGACAAUUCCAGAUCAAUCAACAAUAAUGCAUCAAGGCAUGAUGUAACGAGCAAAUAAAUUGAGAUUGUCACA